AUGUAUGUACCUACUUACUUAUGGGAUAUGCAUGAUGGUAAUCCUUCGGGGACCAACAUGCGGUUUGGUCCUUUACCCAGCUGCAGCCAGCCGCACCGCGCCGCUGCGAGGUGGGCCAUUGGUCAAUGCCAGUCGGAUUCCCACUACUUUAGCUGCUAG